AUGUCUCACCAUUAUCAAGAACAAGAAGAACAAAAGAUCCCAUUUUUAUUAGAUUCACUUUACUGUGAAGAAGAUAUUCUCACUGAAGUAUCAGUAGAAACAGAGAGUUUUUCUUCACAUGACUUGUUAUGGGAAGAAGAAGAACUUACCUCUCUGUUUUCUAAAGAAACAGAGUAUGAAAUAAGCUACAAUGUGUUAGAAAAAGACCAAUCUUUUAUUUCAGCAAGAAGAGAAUCAGUUGAGUGGAUACUCAAAACAACUGCUUAUUACUCAUUUUCUGCACAAACUGCAUUUCUUGCAGUUAAUUACUUUGAUAGAUUUCUCUUAUUUAGUUUUAAUCAGUCUCUGAAUCAUAAGCCAUGGAUGAAUCAACUUGUUGCUGUGACUUGUCUUUCAUUAGCUGCUAAAGUUGAAGAAACUGAUGUUCCUCUGCUUCUUGACCUCCAAGUUGAGAAAUCAAGAUUUGUGUUUGAAUCUAAAACAAUACAGAGAAUGGAGAUGUUGGUUCUGUCUACACUUAAAUGGAAGAUGAAUCCAGUAACCCCAUUUUCAUUUCUUGAUUUCAUAACUAGAAGACUUGGAUUGAAGUACUGUUUAUCUUUGGAAUUUCUGAGGAGAUGUGAAAAAGUGCUUCUAUACACAAUUACUGAUGGUAGAUUCAUUGGUUACCUUCCUUCUGCAAUGGCUUCUGCCACAAUGUUGCAUGUUCUUGAUAGGCUUAAACCUUGCAUUGGAGAGAAGUACCAAGAUCAACUUUUGGGCAUUCUUGGAAUUGUCAAGGACAAAGUGGAAGAAUGUUACAGGCUAAUACAAGAAGUGGCUUGCAACAUUGACUUUGAUUCAAAUAAGAGAAAGUUUGGGACAUUACCAGGGAGUCCAACAGGGGUAAUGGAUGUGUCAUUUAGCUCAGAUUACUCCAAUGACUCAUGGUCAGUGGCUACAUCUGUUACUUCAUCACCAGAGCCAUUGUCCAAGAAGAUUAGGGAGUCAAGAGAAUGA